ACGGAACAUAUUUAAAUGGCUUUUCUCCAGCAGCAGGGUUUUGUCAUAGAAAGAAGGACAAGGAAUAAUUCGCUUUACCUUCUCUGAAGUUUUGAUGUUUUGAAAAUAUUUCGUGGAUCACUUGUUGGCUAGGAGCGGCAUGAAGUUCCUGUAUGCGUGCCUCGUUUUGAUCGGCGUACUUGGUUUGAGUUUGAGCAAAUAUUCCGACAACAACGAUGUAGUGGACAAACCGAUAUCAAUAGAGCAGGGAGAAAGCAGCCGAACAUCAGAGGAUGAAUCCUCAUUAGAUACAUCACAUCAAGAAGACAAUAAAACAGGUGCAAGUUUUCCUAUUCUUGGAAAAGACGAGUAUACUGUAGAGGAUACUGCAAAUGAUAAUCAACCGGAAAAACGCUAUGGAUUCGUCCUCGGAAGAGGAUUUGGUUUUGGUAAACGUUAUGGCAAUAUCCUUGGACAUGGUAUGAGUUUUGGAAAGCGAUUUGGAUCCGUCCUUGGCAAAGGCAUGACUUUUGGAAAGCGAUUUGGUACUGUCUUGGGACAUGGAAUGAGCUUCGGGAAACGAUAUGGCUCUGUUCUUGGUAAAGGAUUCGCCUUUGGAAAGCGUGACUCGGAAGUUUAUGAAAAUGAAGAUAAUAACAAAGGUAACAAAGGUUUUAUUCCAGACAUAUACAACGACAAAACAGAAAACAAAAGAAACAACGAUGACAAUAUUGAUGAAGAUAUGGAAUUCGUUGAUCUGUCUGGACCAGUAGAUGAGAAGAAAUGGGUUUUAAAUGAUAUAUACGGCGGAGAGUUCCCAAACUACAAGAGGUCAAAAAGAGACACUAGAGUGAAGAGAUUUGCGCGUUUCUUUGGAAAUGUUCUUGGCAGGGGAUUUUCGAUUGGUAAAAAAGAUGAAAUGCCAGGGACUAAUUCUAUGUCAGGAGAACUCGGUAUGCAAGCAUCAGUAAACAAUAUUCCUUUUGAAGAUGAAGAUGAUACUAAAGGAGAAGUCGAGCUGGAAAAGCGUUUUAUUUCUGGUUUAGAGGGGCAUGGUUAUAUAUCCGGUAAAAGACAAUCUUACCAUGGACGAGGUCAGAGGCAGAGUUUUGGAAAUGUUCUAGGCAGGGGGUUCUCUUUUGGAAAACGAGAUAGUGAAAUGGACGAUGAACCAAUUAAACUUAAUACAAAUUAUGCUUUCUCUGGCAUCAAUAAUGAAAAUAGCCUAGAUGAUGCAGUUGAUCAACUUCAUGACAAAAGAUAUUUUCAUAGUAGUCCGGGACACCGAUUUUUAUUUGGAAAACGUGACAUGGAAGAUAGAGAUAAACGAUUCGGUUUUGUUUUAGGACGAGGAUACUCAUUUGGCAAAAGAGGAGAUCUGCACCCAAAGAAACGGUAUCCAUACGGCCUCGUUCUCGGUAGAGGAUUUUCGUUUGGAAAAAGAUCUUCUGAAACUGAGGAUGGGAUGCCUAAUAUAGAUGGUCCAUAUACUUUCCCAGAUUUGGAAUACGAUCCCCAAUCCAACAAAAGAGCUAGUUUUGUCCUUGGGAGGGGUUACAUGUUUGGCAAGCGAGGUGCAAAGAGAUUUGGCUGGGUAUUAGGAAAUGGACUAAGCUUUGGAAAACGAGACAGUGCUGAACAACACUAUCCGGACCCAGAUGACGUAAGCCAGUUUAUAGAUGACUUUGGGAAUAUUUUCAUUCGAACCGACUUGAUAGAAGACUUUGAUAAAUUGAAUUCGGAAUACUUGCAGAAGAGUGAGCAAAGGAUAUUUGGUUGUGCAGGCAGUUUGAUUCAGCACCACGCCGACUCCAACAGUGAGCUUGACAAAUCAUAUACAGUUGCUGCCGGACUUGAAGAUUUGAAGAAACGAUCAGCACAGCAUGUGGUGAAUUACUUCGUUGACGACCUUGGGCAUGUGUUUGUAAAUGCCGAAGAUAUUUCGAGCAAGGAUAAUCCACUUAUUGGAGAAGAUAAAGACAUAUCAUAUUACACAUGUGAUGGACAGGUUACACAAUUACUUGGUGAUAGCGACAUUUACGAUAAUGUAUCUAAACGUGGCUGGGGGAGUGUUUUAGGUAGAGGCUUUCGAUUCGGUAAACGCUUUGGUUCCAGAAAAAGAUUUGGUCAUAUUCUUGGAAACGGGUUUGCAUUCGGGAAAUAAUGGUGAAAAGUUAUAUAAGAGAUAUUUCUUGACAUUUAAAGUAAAAAACACAUAUUUUCACAAAGAAAGUAGCUACUUAAACAAAGAUUAGAUGAUAUAUCAAAUAUACAGUUUUAAGAAUACAUACAGAUCUUAAAGAUUUUCACCUUUUAAAAUCAAAGUCACUUAUCCUGGUGUAUAUGAAGAAUGUCACUUAUCUUGAAGUAUCAAAUCAAUGUUAUUUAUCUUAAAGUAUCAAAUCAAUUUCACUUAUCCUGAUGUAUUUAAUCAAGGUCACUUAUCCUUAAGUAUCAAAUCAAGGUCACUUAUCCUUGUGUAUUAAAUCAAGACCACCUAUUCUGAAGUAUCAAAUCAAGGUCACUUAUCCUGAUGUAUUUAAUCAAGGUCACUUAUCCUGAAGUAUCAAAUCACAGUCACUUCUCAUGGUGUAUAGAAUGAAGGACACUUAUCCUGAUGCAUUGAAUCAAUGCCGUUUAUCCUGAAGUAUCAAAUCAAUGUCACUUAUCUGAAGUAUUUAAUCAGUUUGAUCUAUCCUGGUGUGUUAGAUCAAGGUCACUUAUCCUGAUGUGUCAAAUCAAGGUCACUUAUCAUGAUGUGUCAAAUCAAAGAUAAAAUGGUAGGGUAGAUUUACCGAAAGAACAGAAAACACCAAACACAGCCAUAAUGUCACUUAUCCUGAUGUAUUAUAUAAAGGUUACUCAUCCUGGUGUAUUAGAUCAAGGUCAAUUGUCUUUGUGUAUAAAAUCAAUGUUACUUAUCCUAGUGCAUUAAGAGAAGGUCACUUAACUUGGUAUAUUAAAGAAUACCACCUGUCCUGGUAUAGUGGGUAUACUGAAUCGAUGCCACUUUCCCAGGAUAUUAGGUCAAUGUAAUUUAUCCCGAUGUUGCUGUGAAAACUGAUCAACAUAUACAGUCGUUUCAGGGGCAAAUGACAUGGAAAAAUUAUACUGAAAUGUAACCAGGGCUUCACUUUAGGAACUGUUACUAAUUCGGCUAUUUCAUAGCAAUACUUUUCUUUUCAAAUGUAAAGUGCAAUUUACUUUUUUUAUUUCUUCUUUUGCUAUUGUGAUUGUUUAAUGAUAACUUUGUUCGAAUGAUAGCAAAACUGGUUUCAUUGUUAACCUCGCGGAAUAAUAACUCCGUUAUGAGUAAGUAUUGUCCAAAUAAUGUUAAAUGUGCAAUGCAAAGGAAAGAAUUUCAACAAGAAAUUAAAGAUACGUAUGAUGUUAGAAAACGUGUUGAGAAAUUGGAUUAAGAUAUACAGCAAGUUGUGAUAUUGUGCCUAGAAAUAAAAAAUGC